CGAUUAUUCGACGCAGAAACCGGAAACACAAACCACAGCCAGUCGUCGGCGCACCAAUCCCCAGCGUCAACGGAUGCUCUUCGUUGUCAGCCCUUGCGGACCUGCACUGAGGAUGCCGAAAUGGGUCAUCGAAUGGCCACCGGGGUCCGGUCAUGUCGUCAACGUGCGUCUCUGGCAUCAACAAACGUCGAGCUCCUCGCGAGGGCCGCUACGCUAUUAAAAUGCCACGCCAAGUCGCCUCCCGCCACCAUGGCGAUGCCUUGAGAGGUUGGGGGUUCGUUUCGCUUCAACGUGCUUCCCCCGCCUUGCCACGAGAGACAAAAAACGAGAUGUGCUAGACAGCUAGCUAGCCAACUCGCCAUACCUGGGAGUUUGUCGCUGCCUCAUUCGCUUGCUGGCAGGGAAUAUCUUCGCGCAAGGUGCUCAACGACAACCGGAGCCACUACUUCACUUCGCUUCGCCAGCAUUGCCCAUGCUUCCAGCCGCCAACGCCAAUCAUUGCAUAGGCCGGCGCCCAUUCACUUUGCAAGCGCCGACGCGCGCCCAGAGUUUACUGACUGGGCCGUGUCAGAGUCUUGUCCUGACAGCGAGCCGACGGCGUCCCUGACUGGUUGGCCCACUACAUCGUCGCGGCGCUUACACGCCAGCAGCCGCCGACAAUAAUUCGGGUCAAGCACGAGGGCGUUUCCAAAGACAAACACACCGCCGCUGCAGGUCCAGUCAAUUGGUGCUUGCCGCUGUGGCAGUGACUCAGGUGAGUCGGCUGAGCCGUUCCUACAAUCAGUCCCUUGUUCAAACAGUUUGUCUGUGUGUAGCGGCUAUUCAAAGCAGCUUCUCACCUAUUGUCUUGCUCCCUCUUCCAUUCCCACCGAUAUCAUAUUCUCGCUUUCUUUGACGCAACUACAAUGCAUUCAUGACAAUAGAGAUUCUUUUCCUUUGUGUGAUCGUCACUUUUCCCUUGCUCUCUCUACUUCUCCGCUACUCAAACUCCCGCGCAAAAGGUCAACCCUCGUGCCGUUCACUCACCCUCUCACACCCCCUGGCCCUCUUCUUCUCCUUCUAUUCCCCCCUCGUCGCCGGCGUAUAGUGAUUUAAUUUUCUCAUCACUCAUGAAUAGACCCAACAUGUUCUCUUCUUCACGAAAACGCAACGCCGCGACGGCCCCGUCGUAUCCAGACGUCCCGGCAUCUCUUCAUUCCCAGUCGGACUCGUUUGAGACGAGCCAAAUGCCCAAGACGUUACAGGCACGAGCAACCACGUCGUCAUCGAUCACGCCUUAUCUGAAUCUCCCAUCGCGACUCUCCCAAAUAUGGAUCAACCGCUGGACGAUCCUCCUACUGCUUGUUCUUGUUCGCGUGGUGAUCUUGAUUGCUCAGCUUAACGAUAAUGUCGGCGACGCCAAGACCAAGGCCCUCUCUGCCUGCACCAAAGUCGAGGACAUUGGUAGCGCCAUGGCUUCGAUGCCUCACUACCUGUCUGUCGGCGUCAACGACCUUGCCGCGGGUGGCAUCGAAAAGGCCGUUCACGGCAUGGUCAAGGGGCUCGACCUUGUCCUGGAAGGUGUUGAGGCCAUAAUCAUCUUCUAUAUCAACUUUCUUACGGCUACAUACGUCUGUCUGAUAACCGCCCUCGUCCACGGAACUCUCGGUGUCGUUGCCUCGGUCACGGAGGACGCGACCAAGGCGUUCAACAAGGUCAUUGACGGGGCUACAACUGAAAUCAAGGAUAUCGCCGGCGACCUCACAAAGGCCAUCAACAAAAUCACGGAUGGCAUCGAAAACUCCAUAAUUGGACACUUCACCCCGGACAUACCCAAAAUUGACUUCUCCAAGCCCCUCAAUGACCUCAAAGCCUUCAACCUCAGCUCAGACGACUUCGUUAAGGAUGUUCGCAAGUUGGACAAGGACCUCCCAAACUUUGAACAAGUCCAGAACCUCACCAAACAAGCCAUUUCGAUUCCUUUCAACAUGGCCCGCGAUGGCAUCAACAAGAGCUUCAGCGCGUACAAGUUUGACCGCGACGUGUUCCCUCUGGCGCAGAAACAGAAGCUCACGUUCUGCUCGGAUAACGACAAGCUGAACAGCUUCUUCACGCGCUUGUUUGAGCUUAUUCAGAAAGCCAAGAUUGCCUUUGUGGUGUUGCUGUCCAUAUUGGCCGUCGCUGCCAUAGUUCCGAUGGCCUGGUUCGAGAUACGCCGCUGGCGACGGCAGCAAAAGAAUGCCAAAAUCAUCGCCCAGAACCAGUACGAUCAGAUGGAUGUCGUCUACAUUGCAUCGCGACCCGUCACGGCCACAUGUGGUAUUAAGCUGGCAUCGAGGUUUAGUGGACGCCGACAAAUUCUUACGCGAUGGUGCGUUGCUUAUGCAACAUCGGUGCCUGCCAUCUUCGUGCUGUCGCUUGCGUUGGCUGGCUUUUUUUCGUGCUUCUGUCAGUUUAUCCUUCUCAAAGUGGUGGAGAAGGAGGUACCUGCUCUUGCCGGAGAGGUCGGAGAGUUCGCAGGCCAAGUCGUCAAGACGCUGGAGAACGUGUCAGACCAGUGGGCUGCCGAUGCCAACGGUGUCGUCAAGGGACUCAACGACGAUAUCAACAAAGAGGUUCUCGUCUAUGUCGUCAACGCCACGGACGCAGUCAACAACACUAUCAAUGUUUUCCUGGAUACCAUGGAGGAAGGACUCGAGACCGUUUUCAACGGCACCAUUCUCCUUGAUCCAAUCAAGGCUGUGCUGCACUGCGUCAUCGGGAUUAAGCUCGAGAGCGUACAAAAGGGAUUGACCUGGGUGCAUGACCAUGCACAAGUCAAUUUCCCCAUGUUCGACAACGACACCUUCAGCAUGGGCGCCAACAAGUCGAUCUCGGGAGACUCGGAUCUUAACACAUUUCUCGCGUCGCCGUCAUCGGUCACUACGGAUGAGGUGUCGGGAGCCGUUCAGCAUGUCACGCGCUGGCUGUAUGACAACCUUGUCCAAGAGGCUCUUAUUUCAACCGGCAUCCUCCUUAUUUACGUCAUCGUCGUCCUCAUGGGUGUAACAAGAACUCUGGCCGGCAUGGCAAUGCCAGAUAAGCCGCACGCCAACGGUGGCAUGCGCUAUACCGGCGAGGACCGGCUGCCUCUGAGCCCACGGACAACUGACCCCGUCAAUGAGUCAGCUUGGGAGGCGCGAGAUGAGAAGACGUUGAUGUCUGGCGGCCAGGGAGCCCGUUCUAAUGAUGCGCGGCAUGACACAGAUUGGCCCGGCGGCUCGCCAGACGCGAGAAACAAGUUCUAAGCGGGGAGGGCGAAAAUAAGUGAUACCCAUAGAUGGAUCAGACUGGGCUAGGAUUGAUCACGGGAGAGAGGGUGUCGCGUUGGCCGAGCUGAACCCGGCCGCAGAAGCGUGGACUGGUUGGUGGGCAGUGCAACAUGGCUCUUUGGGAUAAUGCGGGUUGCAAUGAUUUCCUAUUGGAUUCAGGCCGAAUUCAGGUUAGUCUGGAUCGUUAUCAAGGCCACCCGCACAUGGCUCUACCGAUUGAUGUCUGUGAUACAGAAUAUACAAAGUACAGC